AUGUGGGCACCGACAAUUGCCUGCACUAUCCUCCUAUCAACAGGCCUACUGGCACAAAAAACAUUCGAGACACCCGACAUUGACGUCGCAGAGGCACUACUGGUGAACGGCGUGGAUAUUUCGACCAUUCCGGAACUGGCAAACAGAUCCACAAAGUCCUCCACAUGCUUUUGUUCGUGUCAAGUCCUCAAACGUAUCUUUGGUAGUAAUAAGGUUGAAGAUCGGGAAACGCUUUCGUACAGUGCGGCAAUAAACUACUUCUAUGCGGUCCAGCAGCGGGACGCAAAGCCGAUCUGCAUCUUCAGACCCGAGGAAGCCCUUGAUGUGUCGUCUUUGAUACUUCUUUCGCGUCUUACCCAAUGCCCAUUUGCAGUACGAAGCGGAGGUCAUGCGGCAUUUGCAGGUGCAUCAAGUAUUGACGGCGGUAUCACGAUUCUUUUCGAACGAAUGAAGCAGCUUACUCUCUCCAAAGACAAGAAAAUCGCUUCGAUACAACCUGGAAACCUCUGGUUUGACAUCUAUAAGACCUUGGCAAAGGACAAUCUUACCGUAGCAGGCGGCCGCGUCGGUGACAUCGGUAUCGGAGGCCUGGUUACCGGUGGGGGCAUUUCAUGGAUCGCAAAUCAACAGGGUUGGGCGUGUGACAACGUCGCCUCAUAUGAGGUCGUUGUUGCUUCGGGUCGCAUCGUGACAGCGACCCCCACUGAGUUUCCAGAUCUAUAUUGGGCGUUAAGAGGCGGAGGCAACAACUUUGGUAUCGUUACCAAGUUCAACCUCGAAACCUUUCCUUAUGGGAUGAUGCUUGGCGGAACAAGAAGGUUCGCCGAGUCCAGUUUUCCUGCAGCAAUUGAUGCUUUUGUCAAUCUGGGCAGGAAUGCUGCAGUCGAUACCAAGGCUGCGUACUAUAUGGCCGCUGGAUUGAUUGCUUCCUCCAACACCAGGCUGAUGUUGGCCGAACUCGUAUAUACGGACCCCAUAUUGGACCCUCCAAUCUACGAAGAGUACCGCAAUAUUCCAGCUAUUUCAGACGGCCGAAAGAUCGAUACUCUUGCCCAUUUCACGCUGAAGAUCGAGAGUUCGAAUCCGAAAGGCUUUCGACAGACAUUCUGGACUAUAUCAUGCAAGCUGGAUCGAGAUAUGGUCAAGUUCAUAGCGGAUGUGGGGUUUGAAGAAUUUGAAAAGUUGCGAGAUGUCGCAGAUAUUCUACCAGUGAAUGUAUUUCAAGUCAUCACCGUCCCGCAACUCGAGCAGAUGCAGAAGAAUGGCGGGAAUGCACUCGGUCUAUCACCCUCCGAUGGACCCAUCCUUCUCUGCUCGCUGAAUACUCGCUGGACCAACAUCAAGGAUGAUGAGUUGGUGUUAAAGUCACACGCCAAGAUAGUCAAAACGAUGCAAGCGGAAGCGAAACGGAGAGACUUGGCCAUUGACUACGUCUACAUGAACUAUGCUAGUCCGUUUCAGGACGUUAUCUCAAGCUACGGAAAGAACGCAGAGAAGUUGAGGCGCAUUGCACUCAAGUAUGAUCCUACUGAAGUGUUUCAGAAGUUGCAGCCGGGCUACUUCAAGCUACAUGGGCCACCUAAUCCCAUCUGGCCAUAG